AAAACUUGCUCAGUGUUGAGAUAAACUUUGAGUUGCCUUUUUUUACACCCAAUAAUGAUCUUCAUUUCAAUCUCAAGUUUCACAGUUUAAAAAUAAGUUUACAAAUUGCAAGAAUAAUUCAAGGGUCAAAGUGGAAAUAUUAACUGGACAAGUGUUUUCCAAGUUUCAAGCGAAAGCAUCGUUAAUUGUGCAAAAUGAAUCUCCUAAUGAUAACCCGAUUAAUCGACAGCAAAUCAACCAUUUGAUCGAGGACGAGUUUCAUUGCAAUUAUUGUUACCUUCAAGUGACCAAAGUGUUUCAACGUAAACAAUUCGAUGAAACAAAUUUUGUGCAACAUUAAGAGUUGACCAUUUACUUGAUUAAAAAUGUAAUUGCAGUUUAACGGUUGUACAGAUUGUUAAUCAAGUUGUACAAGAUUAACCCUUGUUAAUUGUUUGUCUUGAUCAGUGUGUUUGGUGAGUUUGUUCAACACUCUAUUUAAGGUGAAAAUGUUUAAUGUUUCAAUGGAUCAGUUUAUCAGCUUAACUGCCUUGAUUUUCCUUGUCCUUAUCCGCAAAUCAAUAUCAUCAUCAUCACCAUCUUCAUUACCAUCUUCAUCAUCAUCAACCUCUUCAACAUCAACAUCAACAUCAUCAUUAAUCACUUCUUCCCUUUCAAGUUCAACUUUAUCCUCAGACAUCUCUGGGUCCAAGUAUAAAGCCUUAAUUGGAGGUAAAAUUGAAUUACCUUGUAACGUUUCAACAUCGACCAAUAACGAUGCUGUGACUACCAUCUUUUGGUAUAAAGGUGAUACCCAAGGUUCACCCAUUUACACGGUUGAUGCCCGCAACUCUAGCACCAACCUUGACUCAGCCAACAGGUUUACCAGUGAAUACUUGAAAGGCCGAGUUUCCUUCAACAUUUCCGUCCAAUUUGCAUUCCUCAUCAUCUCACCGGUUCGAGAAGAAGACAAUGGGGCAUAUCGAUGUCGUGUCGACUUUAGAUGGUCACGAACCGUCAACACACUCGUCUACCUCGAAGUUAUUGUUCCAGCCAAAAAGGUGAUUAUUGCAGAUGAAACAAAUCAAAUUGUUGAAUCACUUGGAUCUUACGGUGAAGGAACAAGCUUGAAAUUAAAAUGCCUUGCUUAUGGAGGUAAACCUGCGCCCCUGGUUUAUUGGUAUCUCAAUCAAGAUUUAAUUGACGAUUCUUACAUUUCUAAAGUAACUGAAGAUGGACUCGUCACAAUCAACGAUUUGUUCAUCUCUAAAUUGGGACGAAAUGAUCUAAAUAAACUUUUAUCCUGUAAAACCUUCAACACUAAUUUAACUCAGGCAAUCAACAAAUCACUCAUUCUAGACAUUAAUUUGUAUCCUUUUUAUGUGAAAAUCAUAUCAAUACGUCGACCUCUUUCAGCAGACAAAUCAAUUGAACUUCAAUGUGAUUCAAAAGGAUCCCGACCAGGAGCCAAAAUGACUUGGUAUCUCAACCAACAGUUGCUCAAAUCUUGGAGGGAAACCAACUCAGUAAUCAAUGGAUCAACCAGUAGCUCAAGUAUAUUGAAAUUCGUGCCUUCACCUGCAGACAAUGGAGCCUUGUUAACCUGUAAAGCCGAAAACUCGCGCCUUUUAAAUAGUUCAAUCAAAGAUGAUUGGAUUCUCAAUAUUUAUUAUAAACCCAAUGUUAAACUUGUCCUACGCUUAUCAAGUCAUCCAAGUGAGAUUAACGAAAAUGAUGAGAUUAUAUUUGAAUGUAUCAUCGAUUCCAAUCCUGUUAUCCAAGAGAUUGGUUGGCUUUUUAAUGAAUCACCGCUUUUGCCUGAUGAAAGACGAGGUAUAAUUAUUGAUAAUACAACUUUGGUCAUUAAAGUUGCCCAAAAAAAUCAUUCUGGAGAUUAUUCAUGUUUUGCUGUCAACAUUGAGGGUAAAGGUUUCAGCAACAAAGCAACCAUCAAAGUUAAUCAUUCACCGGUUUGUGUUAAAGAUCAAAAAACUAUUUACAUCGCUGGUUUGGGUGAAACUGUUCGUAUCUCUUGUUCAAUUGAAGCUGAACCAAGUCAAGUUGAAAUCAUUUGGAAAAUAAAUGAUACUCUUCUUGAUGAAGGAGUUUAUCCCUUUCAACCUGGAACGGCUAAACUUUCAAGUAAUUUACUUUACCAACCUCGACGGUCUGAUGAUUAUGGAACCCUGAUGUGCCUUGCAAAAAACAGAGUUGGAACCAUCAAAGAACCUUGUCAAUUCAUUGUCAUGCCAGCAGGUCGACCUGAAAGAAUGGUCAACUGUUUGGUAAGCAAUCAAACGGGCGAAUCUCUAGUAAUUUCAUGUCAACCCGGUCAUGAUGGUGGCCUCAAUCAAACGUUUUACCUUCAAGUUUACGAUUAUCGAAGAGAAAAGUUGCUCUUUAAUUUAACCUCAACUUUGAAUCCAACCUUUCUGGUCAAUGGAUUAACUUCUGGAGCCAGUUAUGUGUUUGACGUCUACUCGUCAAAUCCAAAAGGAUCAUCAAAUACAACAACUUUGAUUGCUCAAACACUUUCAAUGCAAAAGCAAAAACUUGGUUUAGGAGAAAACUUGGCUGAAAUAAAAUUCGAUCCAUAUCUUGCUGUCCUUUCAGCACUUAUCUUUACUCUUGUCCUUGUGGCCAUUAUAAUCAUCCUCAUCAUUACCAUUCGUAAUCGUGAAGAUAAAUGUGAUUCCAGGAAAACGGUUAAACCAAUCGAAAGUGUUGAUGAACCAGAAAGCCAAGGGCCUGAUGUUGUUCCUUCAUCAACCAGAUCCAAUGUUGCAACGUUCAAUAUGUUUUUACAAGAUAACUCUCAGUUGGGCCAAGAAAACUUGAAUGGAAACAAUUUCAACAUUGAAGUGACCAAUAAUGAUGUCGAUACAUCAAUUGAUACCAGCAAUAAUGACAACACCAACAACAACAAUAACGUCAACAACAUUAACAGCAACAACAACACCAACAAUGUCAACAAUUUAAACAAUUGUUUGAAUAAAAAGCAACAUUGUGAUACAAGUUUAUCAAAUGGAAUCAACUUUACCAAUUUUACCGUCAUUAAGAAAAACAUGUCUGAUGGAUCAUCGUUUGAUGGCGAUUAUGGCUUCACUCAGAUAACAUCCAUUGACGACUUUGGCAAGUGCAUUGCUCAAUAUAUGCCUUUUGAUGAUAAAGCCUGCACCUUGAGUGGAACAAUGGAUCGACUGACCAAGCCCAACUUGGAUCCAAAUUCAAUUAAACAAACGGUUUGUUGUUUGAUGAAACGUUAUAUUCUAGUUAAUCAAUUACUUUUUUUCUGCCUAAAAAUAGAGUCUAGACAAGAAUAAUCCGAAAUGAUUGAAUUGAUUAGCAAAUAAAAAAUGAUUCAUGACGAUUUUCCUCAUUAUUUUCUUGUCUUUUUUUUCUAUUCAAUUGAUCUCGUUUUGUACAAGAGAAAAUCAUUCUUUGCAAAGGAAUUUACAGAUUAACAUUGAAACUUGAUUCUUUCAUUAAUCUGGAAUAACAAGUUUUACGAAAAAAAAAUUUCUUUGAGUCAACAAACUGUCAUCGAGUUAUCGAGCAAUACUUUCAGAUGCAAUGAGGAAUCAAUCAUUUCGUCUAUAUUUUUUGCAUUCUUUGGAAAUCUUUUUGGACAGAGCUCUUUCAGCUUCGAAAACUUACUUUGAAUAAUUGGCAUUAUUUCAUGGAGCUCAACUCUUACUAUUCCUAGUAUUUUCAAGAUUCUUUGCAUAUAUUUAGACUUUUAUCAUGAGUCAACUCAUUGAAUCAUUUUCAGUGUUUUCAUACUUUCUGGACAAGUUUGUCAGUCUGUCUGAACAGUGCAACUAUUAAUUGCCUAAAAAUGUAAAAUUGCUGUCGAUUCGAGCAGAAACUCUGAUUAUUGAGAAAGAGUUGUCCUUUGAGAUUUGAAAAUUGAAUGUUUUUACUUUUUUUUCGUAAACAAGUUUCUUUGAGAAAACGAAAUCAAUUCGAAAGAAAAAGACUGAUUUUUUAUGUUUUGGAAAACAUUUAAAUUUCAAUUUAAAUUGCAUUCAUUGGAUUCUGAAAGAAAACCAUUAUCUUACAUUACCAAUUGAUGUGCAUUUCCACUUGAGCAGUUGCAAUGAUAAAUUUCCGUUUUAUUCGUUGCUCUUUUAUUCAUCGAGCAACAAUCCAGACUAAUUUUUAUUAUUUAUUCAUUUCACUUUUCAUUAUCAUACUGAC